AAACUUCCCUUUUAAUUUCCCCGUCAAAUAGAAAUCACAAAAUUUAGGAACGUGGAUAAUGUAGCUUCCGUUCAUCACCCCUUUUCUCUUCUCUUUAUUUAUUUACGCUUGUUCACUCCCAAAUAACAGAAAAGAACAUCGAGAUCAAUGGCGUCGACUACUAGUAUAAUUAAAGGUGGAUUCUCAUGCGGCAACACAUUGUCUUCGUUUAGGGCGAGACCAAGGCGGAUGGUGGUUCGUGCGGAAGCUGUAAAUCCAGAUAUUAGGAAGGAUGAAGAAAAAGUGGUGAACUUUAAACCUCUUACUCCUUACUGCAGGUGUUGGAGGUCUGGGACUUUUCCUCUAUGUGACGGAAGCCACGUGAAGCAUAAUAAGGCAACUGGAGAUAACGUUGGACCUCUGCUAUUGAAGAAGUAGUAAGCUAGUAAAUGGCUGUGGUACCAUGUUAGUCCCUAGUUUAUGCAACCUCUUGAAGCCUAUUUCCCUAGUACUUUUUUUCUCUAUGUACCAUUUAUUGAAGAGAUGUACCAUGUUAGUCCCUAGAAUAAAACUUGUUAAAACUGGAAGUACUUGCAAUAUUUAUCCUUUCCCAGCAGUAGUUCUACUUAUGCUAGAACAUGAUCACAUUGUAAUUUCAACCAUGCUAUUUUACAGAAACUUCUCGAACCCUGUGAGAUAUUGACUAUAAUUUUCAUACAGACCAGUUAAUAAGAUUGGGGAGUUAACAAGUCUUAUCAUUCGA